CGCUGGCACGGGCGUCAUGGGGCGGCUGGUGCUGGCGCUGUGGGCGACUCUGAUGUCCGCGGACCUCGCCGGCGUCCCGACCAUACCAGGUCAGGGCGCAGAGACCGCGACUGGGGCGACCAGCGCGCCCUCUGCCCACAGCAGCGCCUUGCUGCCCACAACCCAGAACCUGAGCUGCUUCCAGUGCUUCAAGGUCAACAGUUGGAGCCUCUGCAAGCCCGCCGUGUGCCCCGCCACCGCGCAAGUCUGCGUCUCCAACGAGGUGUUAAUCCUCAGGAGGUCAAAGGUCAGAAUUCUGAUCAGCAAGAGGUGCGCUGUCAGCUGUCCAAACUCCAACAACGAGUUUAAGUGGUCAUCCGGCCCUGGGCUGCGGGGCAGUGUCAUCAGGCGCUGCUGCUCAGGGCCACUCUGCAACACGGCACCCGCUGCCCUGGAGACACUCUGGGCCCUGUCCAGGCAGCUCCUGCUGCAAGUGGGCCUGGGCAUUUUCUGGGCCAUGUUGUGAUGGCUCACCCACAUCCCUGGUGACUUGUUUUGUCUUCCACCUCCAGCUGCCAUCUGGCCUCCCUCCCCAGCCAGGGGACACUCCCUGUCUAGACCUUGCCUCUUCCCCUGUCCAACGCCUUUCUCAAGAAGCCAGUGAAUGCUGGCCAAGCUCCUCAUGGAGAAGGGGCAUUCCCCGUGAGGGUCAGGAAGGGCCCCGUGACGGAAGGGUCCUGGGCGGCACCCUGACUCUCACAGCCCCGCUCUGUGCC